AUGGCAACAAGUAUCAUCGUCAGGUCAGAUGGCACGCCGCUGAAUCAAGCAGCUUUGACGGAUGUCAAGGCACUGUGGUCGGUCAGCAAGGCAAAGUCAAAGCAAGGCGAAUCUCGACUGUUCUAUGGUGUCGGUCGUAGCAAGCAGACCGUAUGCGCCCUGGGCAUAGGAGACCAGGAUCCCAAGACAGAUAUCGAAAAGCGAGAGGUCUCUCGCAAGCUCGCAGCAACGGCUGCAAAGCAAUUGGGAGAUCUCGAAGAGCACAUCAAGAUUGAUCCGGUGUACUCGCCCCAUGCUGCAGCAACGGGCGCCCAUCUCGCACUAUUUGCUUGGGAUCUCAAGACGUCGGAAAAGGCCAAGGCUGCUCUCGCCAAGAGCAGAGCUGUGAAGCUCGAACUUUCGACAGACGCGGAGCUGCAAGAACUGCCUGCCAACCUUUGUACUCCCACUAUCUUCUGCGAGCGUGCCCAAGAACUCUUCAAGGAUCACUCCAGCGUCACUGUGAACGUACAUGAUGCAGACUGGGCAAAGAGGGAACGCAUGAACAUGUUUCUCAGCGUUGCAGCAGGCUCACAUGAGCCUUGUAAAUUCCUCGAGGUUGUCUACGAAGGCGCGCCAGAGAAGCAGCGGAUCGCAUUUGUCGGCAAAGGCAUUACUUUUGACUCUGGAGGUAUCACUCUCAAGCCAGGAGCAGACAUGAAGGCCAUGCGAUCUGACAUGGGCGGUGCUGCAAACUUACUUUGUGCUCUUCAUGCUAUCGUCAAGCUCAAGCUACCGCUGAACAUCGUCUUUGUCGCUCCACUGACCGAGAAUAUGCCAGGUGGCAAGGCUACGAAGCCAGGCGACGUAUUCACAGCUCGUUCUGGCAAGACUGUCGAGGUAGAUAAUACCGACGCUGAAGGCCGACUAGUGCUUGGGGAUGCGCUCAACUAUGUCUCGACAAAGUAUCGGCCGUCUACGAUCAUCGAUGCGGCCACGCUCACGGGCGCUGCCGUCAUCGCUCUCGGCAAGGUGUACGCCUCUGUUCACUCGAAUUCAGAUGAGCUAUGGCAAGAGCUUGAGGCGGCGGGCAAGGCCGAGCACGAUCGUUUUUGGCGGAUGCCCUUUGAUGAGGACUAUAUCCACUAUCUGAGCGAGACCAGCGCAGAUCUGUGCAACGUGGGACCCUUCGCAGGCGACGGCGCCAUCGCAACGAUGUUCCUUCGUGAGCACGUCGAUGGACUCGCUUGCAAUUCCGCAGAGAGCGAUGCAGUUGACACUGUGCGAUGGGCUCACAUUGACACGACACCCGUGAUGCAAUUCACAAAGACACUGAACGAUUACGAACGUGUUGGCAUGAGCGGUCGUCCCGUCAGAGCAAUCAUCGAAUGGGCACAAGCUGGCCACAACCUUUUGCAUCAUUGCAGUGACAACAGCCUGAGAGUGAACCUUGCUCUGGGCGCGAGUCUGCCGCAUGCAGCGCACCGACCGGCGCUUGUCUGGGAGGCGUCCUGCGAUGCGCACACGGCUUGA